GUUUCCGGAGGCGUGUAAAGUUUGAGGAAGCAGUGGCCCGGAUUCAGCCGAGGGUUCAUGGUCUUCUAGUUUGCCCAGGCAGGGAGGACAGGGCAAUUCCCUAGGCUGCUCCCGCAGGGUUCAUCUAGUCUGUGUUAGGGACUCGGCGUUCCGGUCGCCCCCGGGUAACGCGCGCGGCACUGCGCGUGCGCCCGAGAGCCCGCGCCCCUCCCCCGGCCCCAGCCAGUUGCAGUGGUCGGGUUGGCUGUCUGCCUCUUCCUGCGCUCCGCCGCUGGCGCCUCCGCCGCCGCCGGGCGAGCUCAGCGCGAGCGCUGCUGGCCCUAGCGAAGCAGAUGACGGAACGAGCGCCGGCGGGAGGAGGAGGCCGCUGCCAGCUCGAGAGGGUCCCGGGGCAGGAGCGGAAUCCACUGCAGCCGCAGCCCCUCCUCUCCCGCCUCUUGCUUGCCUCGCCAUCUCUCCCAGCCGGCUGGGAAAUGGGACCAAUAUGAGUCCCGAGCUGCCGCCGGAGAAGGAAGAGCAGGCGGCGGCAGCUGCGGUGGUACCCGCGGCAUCAGCGGAGGAGGAGGAAGGAGGCGGCAUCUGCAAAAAGAGAAGUAGCCGCAUUAUGCUGGUGAAGAGGAUCAGCGCGAAGCUGGGGGGGAGCAGCUCGCAACAAGGUAUUGGCCAUCCCAGUGUGUACCACGCAGUUGUCGUCAUCUUCCUUGAGUUCUUUGCUUGGGGUCUGCUUACAACUCCUAUGCUCGUAGUCCUACAUGAAACAUUUCCUCAACAUACUUUCCUCAUGAAUGGUCUCAUUCAGGGUGUGAAGGGACUUUUAUCCUUUCUGAGUGCCCCCCUUAUAGGUGCUCUGUCUGAUGUAUGGGGAAGAAAACCUUUUCUUCUAGUUACAGUUUUCUUCACAUGUUUCCCAAUUCCAUUAAUGAGAAUAAGCCCAUGGUGGUACUUUGCUAUGAUUUCUGUCUCGGGAGUUUUUUCAGUUACCUUCUCUGUAAUAUUUGCAUAUGUAGCUGAUAUUACUCAAGAGCAUGAGAGAAGUACAGCCUAUGGAUUGGUAUCUGCUACAUUUGCAGCAAGUUUGGUAACCAGCCCUGCUAUUGGAGCAUAUCUGUCUGCCAGCUAUGGAGAUAACCUGGUUGUGCUUGUGGCCACAGUGGUGGCUCUCUUGGAUAUCUGCUUCAUCUUGUUAGCUGUCCCGGAAUCUCUGUCUGAAAAAAUGAGGCCUGCUUCUUGGGGACCUUCAAUUUCAUGGGAGCAAGCAGAUCCUUUUGCGUCUCUGAAGAAAGUGGGAAAAGAUUCCACGGUCUUGCUGAUCUGUAUCACAGUCUUUCUUUCAUACCUUCCUGAAGCCGGGCAGUAUUCCAGCUUUUUCCUCUAUCUAAGACAGAUUAUAGGUUUUGGAUCAGCUAAAAUUGCAGCAUUUAUUGCCAUGGUAGGAAUCCUGUCCAUUUUAGCUCAGACGGUAUUUCUUAGCAUCUUGAUGAAGUCAAUAGGGAACAAGAACACUGUUCUCCUGGGGUUGGGUUUUCAGAUGCUCCAGUUGGCUUGGUAUGGUUUUGGAUCCCAGGCAUGGAUGAUGUGGGCAGCAGGAACCGUAGCAGCCAUGUCAAGUAUUACAUUUCCAGCGGUCAGUGCACUUGUUUCACGAAAUGCAGAGUCAGAUCAGCAAGGAGUUGCCCAAGGAAUAAUAACUGGAAUUAGAGGUCUGUGUAAUGGCCUCGGACCAGCGCUGUAUGGUUUCAUAUUCUUUUUGUUCCAUGUGGAGUUAACAGAAUUGGAAUCAGUUCAGAGUUCUGAUGAAAGCACCAUUCAAGAUUCUGGCAGUAAGGGAGCCAUCAUUCCAGGCCCCCCUUUCCUGUUUGGUGCAAUUGCAGUCCUCCUGGCUUUCCUGGUUGCCUUAUUCAUCCCUGCACAUAGCAAAGCCAGCAGUAAUAGGAAGCACAACAGCAGCAUCAGUGGCAACCUGCCCACCAACCCAGAACGAGGCAGUGAUGAAGACAUUGAACCCCUGCUGCAAGAUAGCAGUGUUUGAGAACUCUCUUCAUAGGGUGAGACUGCACAUCCAUGCCCUGAGUUGUGAACAUUGCAGGAAGAGGGGGCUACAGCAAACUUACCGCUCCAGAGAACCAUGGGAAGGGCUGAAAGAAUAUGAAAAUUAUAGGACCCUGUGGUGAUGAUAUUGGUACCUUCCCAGGGCUGGGUUUUUGAGACUGAUCUUCUCCUUCGCCCUCCCCCAACUCCCCCCAUUCUGUUGAUAAAUUAGGAACAAGGUAAGAUUUGAAAUUCUUAUCUGCAAAUGAUAUGCACCUCUAAUGGUGGUCCAGAGCCCUGACCUCGAAACUCCAAUGUAAAGGGCACCUCUGUAGCAGAGAGAGGAAUUCGACUACCUUUAAAAGGCAAAAUGCAGUUAGUCAUGAUGACUACAACCUUUUGAAAUUGCUUGAUGCAAACCAUGCAGGCUUUAAACUAGGCUAUGUUUCCUUUACAAGAGACAGUUAAGGUUCCUUUCUGUGUUUCUGCUAGUUUCCUUGAAUGUAUAUCUCAUUCAGUCCAUGUGGUUUGGGGAGGGGGGGCUACACUCUACAGUCACUUUUAGGAAGGGAUUCAUCUUUUUUUUUUUUUUUUUUUUGGUGAGGCAGUUGGGGUUAAGUGACUUGCCCAGGGUCACACAGCUAGUAAGUGUCAAGUGUCUGAGACUGGAUUUGAACUCAGGUACUCCUGAAUCCAGGGCCAGUGCUCCAGCCACUGCACCACCUAGCUGCCCCAGGGAUUCAUCAAUUUGCAGCAUCCUUAUUUCAUCCUUUCUAUGUCUUGACUACAGCAAAAUUCAUCAUGCCAGUGGGCAGUAAUUAUAACAAUUAUUUUUUUCCUUUAAAUAUAGAAAGAAAAUGUUCUUUAACCAUAAAUCAUGUAGAACCAAAUUCUAGGUUUUGAAAAUGGUUUCAAAGAAAAAAUAAAGGUUUUUAGGUGGCACGCUGAAUAGAAGUUGGUCUUACUCCCUUGCCUCCAAGGCUCAGUAAAUGUGAAUCUUCCUAAGUUUGUGGGACUAAAUCACUGGGUGCUAAGGGAAUAUUUUAUUCAAGUUUGCGCACAAUUAUUACAUUGAUACUCAAGUUCCCGCUCCCCAUCUCCGUUAACUGACCUGUGAAAUCUUUGUUCCCAUUAAUUGCACUACUGCCUUAACUGCUCUGUAAUGUGCAUUUAUUAUCAUAUUUAGCCUUCAUAUCAGUCUCUUUAUCUCACUUGCAGAAUCUCAUGGGAACAUUCAUGUAAAAUUCCUUUCUGAAAGAGCAAUGCUUUAGUGGGCCUAGUUUCACUACAAGUCCCUAGGUAACUUUUUGAGAUGUUUUAUGGGGGGAAAAAAUCUAUACAAAUUUAUACAUAUUUUGCUGCACCAUUAAAAGGACCAUUGAACAACACCUAACUCUAAUGAAGCACUCCUAUGAAUGUUUUAUAUGUAUGAAAUAUAUGUAGAUAUUUGUAAGGAGUUUUAAUUUUUUUCUUGAUGGGGUGCUGUGUAAAUCUUGUAUUUAUAAAUGUAAUGAGGGUAUUGACUGAAAAAAAAUAUAUAUACAGCUUUUAUAAACGAUUGUGUACUGACUGAAUACAUUUAAAAGAAAAAAUAUAUUUUGAAACAUGUUCUGCCUUGAAAAGAGGUAACAGGCCUUUUGUACUCUGCUCUUGGUUUUUAAGUGAAUAAGCUUCCUAAUGCAUAAUAAAUUUACAACUUCAGUGUUUAA